AGUGCUUAUUAACUGUAUAUAAGUGCUAUGGAAUUUGAGUCAUAAGCAGAAAACGCAAAGUUGUCUGUGGUUGUUUGAAGAAACGCUGGUAGGAGGUGUAUUCGAAUAUGAAGAAAACAGACUGGGCUAUAAAAGAAGAAUGUAACACAGUACCAUAGAGGGCUCAUCAUCAAAAUAAAGAUUGUGAAAUGGGACAUUGAUUAUACGCAUCAAUGGUGUUAUUGCUGAGUGAUUGGCGUAAUCAAAACACCUGAUGACCACUUGUAAUAACUUACUAAAAUCACUCAGUAACAUCAUAGCAGACUUGUGCAAGCCUGUUUUUAUUUAUUUUUUAAAAAAAAAUUAUUUAAAAAUAUAUUUUCUGAUGAGAUUUUCUAAAUCACAGCGGAGACAUUAUCACAGUUUGAAUCAGUCUACAAAUUGUACGUUGAAAUUUGCUUUAAAAAGGAAAAUUCAAAAAGCUUAUAGAUUAGUUGAAUAGUUCCUGAAUGCUGUCUUCAUAUAGAGAACUACAGAGGGAAGAAAUCAACUCUUCCUUUUGAGAGUCUACACACUGUAUUUAGGAAUGUGUUUUUUUUUUCUUCUUCUUCUUCUUUUUUUUUUAGGGUUAUGGAUCAGUUUAUCAGUUACUGAAUAUAUGCUGUCUAUCGAUCGAAAAGGAAGAAAUGAACUCUUGUUUUUAAGUGACUGCAGGAGGCUGAGGUACUGGUCAGGUGUCUCUAUCUGUCAAACGGGCGUCGGUCUGGGCUGCCAGAUCCCGAGUAUUCCUGUCUAACAUUUUUUUUUUUUGAGAUGUGAAAAUUGCACUGAGGUAGCCUAUAGAAUUAAUGUUGCAUUAAUAUUGAUUUUUUUUAUUUUUCUUAAAAAGUAUGCUAAUAUAUGUUUCAUAUGCAUAUGAUUCAAUCUACAUACGGGUAAUGUGGUAAAGUUGCUGUUGAGGCUGGUAUCGAAAUUUCGAGAGUUUUUAAACCUGGACGGGUUAAAACAGUUCUUCCAAUCUGGCAACACUGUAAUGGGCGGGGCUGAGGGCUCGGCGGUAGCGCUGACGGCUCUGGUAGCUGGAGCGGCACUUUGCUCAUCAUUGUGGCGGGGAGCGCGUCUCUGCAGGCCGGCUACAGCGCAGCCUCCGCUCCGGGCGCAUCACGGCAAAUCCGUGGAGUCCGCGUGCUCCCUCUGUUAAAAAAGUGCGCACCCAGCCGGAUAAGCCCGUCAUCUGCAGGGAAGAAGACGCACCAAGGACGCCAGCUCACUUGGCCGAGAGGAAACAGCGAGAGAGAGACAGAGAGAGAAAACAAAACAAAACAACAACACCAAAAAAAAAAAAAAAAAAACCCACAAAACCCCCCAUUAUGAUGUUGAAGCAGCACCUGCUCUUCGUGCUCUGCAGCGUCUGCGGGACUGUCGUUAAAGAGGCGGCAACCAAAAACAAAGCGAAAGGCAGUCAGAGCCAGUUUCCUGUCACCCAGAAUGUGACAGUGGUGGAGGGGAGCACAGCCAACAUGACUUGCCGUGUGGAUUACAACGAUAACACCUCCCUCCAGUGGUCAAACCCUGCACAGCAAACCCUUUUCUUUGGGGACAAGAAAGCACUGAGGGACAACCGGAUUGAGCUGGUUCGAGCCUCGUGGAAGGAGCUGACCAUCAGCAUCAGUGAAGUGACUCUUUCAGACGAGGGACAAUACACGUGUUCACUCUUCACCAUGCCCAUCAAGACCUCCAAGGCCUUCCUCACUGUUCUGGGAGUGCCAGAGAAACCAGAAAUCACUGGCUUCACAAGACCUGCUGUGGAAGGAGAGGAUGUCACGCUCACAUGCAUAACAUCUGGAAGCAAACCAGCUGCCGACAUCCGAUGGUUCAGAAAUGAUAAAGAGGUGCAAGGUGUGAAGGAGGUGAACGCCACAGGCAGGUCUUUCACAGUGAGGAGCACCAUACACCUCAAAGUGGCCCAGAAAGAUGAUGGAGCUGCAUACACCUGCAGCGUGGAGCACAUUGCCCUGAACUCCACUCCUCACCAAGUCACAGAGGUGCUGGAGGUCUACUAUGCACCUCAAGUAGAGAUCGUUCCCUCUUUAAUCGUGCCACAGGAAGGACAGUAUUUCAAACUGGAGUGUACAUCUAAAGGCAACCCCCUACCUGACCGAGUGUUAUGGACAAAAGAUGGUGGGGUACUUCCUGAUGUCGAGCGAAUGAUUGUGGAAGGCAGAGAACUAAUCAUCACAAACCUCAACAAAACAGACAAUGGCACAUACCGGUGUGAGGCAAGGAACCAUCUUGGGACCAACAGUGAUGAAUAUGCACUGUUUGUAUAUGACCCAAAUGCAUUGACUCAGCAUGGUCCUGAUCACGCACUGAUCGGAGGAGUGGUGGCUGUGGUGGUCUUCAUCACACUGUGCUUCAUCAUCGUCCUUGGCCGCUAUCUGGCCAGGCAUAAAGAUAUUACCAGGGAGCGGCAAGAAAUGUGGUUCAUCUCAAGUCGGAAAACCUUGGCUUUGCCAAUAAUUACGCUUUAAGGCAAGAAUAUGUGCGCUGCAUAAUGUGAAUAUUUAUUGUCUGUUCUUUUUUUAAAAUAAUUUUUUACAUUGUGAAAGUGAGUGUCCUCUGAAGUGUACGCCAUUAUAAGAAUGUUACAUAAAGAUAAAAGACUGAACAUGGACAUUUAUGUAAUAUAUGGAUACCAAAAUAUUGAAAAAAAUGAAUGAAAAGUUAAGUGAUAACAAUUUAAAGCACAAUUCAUAAUUGUCCCUGGCCUAAUAAAGCUAACAUAUAGCUUAUUGUGUUAUUGUAUAUGUCUGUAUAUCCUUGCUCUUUUCAUAUUUGGCCCUUAAUUUAUUUUUAAAAGUGAAAAAAAAAUAAAUAAACACAUAAGCACAAAGUCAUUGUUAAAUAUCAUUGGUGUAGACAGUCUCAGGAUCAGACAACGAGCAUAGCUGCUUUUUUCUUGUUGCUGUUGUUUUUUCGUUUGUUUGUUUUGGUUUUAUUUGUGUCUGUCUGCUUGACCAAUCAUUUCAUUCCCAAUAUGAGACCUAAUAAUAAAUUUAUGAUGUAGUUUCAGUUUAUUUCCCCCUGUUAAUAUUGCUGUACAUUACUUUGCUGAUGUGAUUAGUGGUGGAAAAUAUUGUUGAAAUAUGGGAUUCCAUAUAUGAACAUUUGUAUAUUAGACAAUGCAAAGCCUACUUUCUGGACAUGGUUUAAGGCUUUUGAUUAAAUUACAGUGUUGUUUGAGAUUCUCCUUCCACUGAAUAUCGGGACUUAUUCUGUGUCCAGAAAAUCAGCUCAGAGCAAUUUAAAGUGUUCCAUACUUUUAUAAAUGCAUUCACAUAAGUAUAAUUUUUCCCUAGCAUAAGGCAUGUAUAUAAUGUGAAUAAUUCA